CCAGUCUAUGCCGUCCCUGGUUCUCUCAUCGAUUCAGACUAAGCCGCUCCCUCAUCAUUGUACUUCCAUGGCCUCGUACUCCCUACGUAGUCACGUACGGUCAUCGCUGCUGUUGUGCGCUGUUGCGCAAGAGCCUUAGUUGCACAAGUGCGUAAGUGACAAAAUAUCCGUUGCGCAACGUGUGCCAUAGCACAAGACUGCAUUAUUGAACCUUUAAAAUGCAGCUUACCCGAAUAUGCUUCUCUGAUCACGAUCCUUAGCCGAGGCGGAGUCGUCAAUCGAGGUGGAAUAUUAGUCCUUAUCCAACUUCUUCCGUCAGCUUAGACUAUCUGUUCAGGACCUACCUUUGAUAAAAAUGCUGGCCAUGCCACCCUUGUUGCGUUAUGGUCUAUGUGGUAAGUCUUCGGCCCUCGUCGAUUCUUACCUCUCUCCUCUCUUCUCUUCCUCUUCCCCUCCACCUGGGUCUUACAGGUGCGUCAGACGUCUUCUCUCCUCUUUUCCAGCUCUCUGGUUCAGCUCGCGUCGUGGUCUUAUGACCCCUCUUGGGGUUUCCUGCCAGGGUCAUGCUCCCAGUUGCGUGUUGAUCUUCAUCGCGACUUUGCACUCAUUCCCAAGGGACGUAGCUACUAAUGGUCAUGUCGUUAAACCUGAUCAUCUCGUUGCUACUGUUGAUUUCUCUUCAUUAACGUCUCAGGACAUUUGAUAUCCACGCUUUGCCUCCAUCGGUCUGACAUGCUUGCUGGUGUACGUCAGAGCGGUAGCAAUUCUCUUCCUCUUCUCUUCGAUAUGUCCAGUCGUAGAUGCAAUCCAGGAUUAUCGAUACAGUUUGCUUCCCCACGACGUCUGUUCGUCACAACCGCGCACCGCCGGAUUCGUCACGACGGCACACCAGGCACGGUGGGUUGCGUGUACCGCUCGCCAAGAUGGAUGCAUGAGCAAGGCAAAGCUAGUUGAAUAGAGAAGAGAUCAUUCACGUCCUUCAUAAGUGUAUGAUGAGCGACAAUGAUUUUUC